AUGGUUAAAGCUGGUUAUGUGGAAUUUGAUAAAGAUAAAAGUUCGAUAAUUGGGGUACCUCAAGGAGGAAUCGCUAGUCCUAUACUUUCAAAUCUAGUACUUAACGAACUUGAUGAGUUUGUCCAGAAUAUUGUGGAUGAAUUUAAUGAGAAACUUAAGGGUGGUAAACACACUAGUAAAAAUCCUGCGUAUGUUGUAAUUGACAGCAGAAUAGGUAAAAUUACAAGAUUAGAAAGAAAGCUAAAGAGCAAGGGUCAAGAGCUGGACUCCGGUAGAAAGUUAGAAAGAAUGAAGUUAAUCAAGGUUAGAGCUACUAUGCCUUCCAUGAUUCCUAAUCCAGAUCUAGCUAAGAUAUACUAUGUAAGAUAUGCUGAUGAUUGACUUAUUGGCGUUGCUGGGUCAUCUGAAACAGCAAGAGCAAUAAAGGAGAGAAUUGCUGCUUACUUAAAAGAUGUAUUAAAGUUGGAAUUAUCCAUGGAGAAAACUCUAAUAACUAAUGCUUCCGAAGAUAAGGCUUACUUCUUAGGUACUGAGAUUCAAAGAAUCUCGAGUGUAAAGGGUGAGAUUAAAAGAUUUAAGAAUAUAAAAGGUCAUCCUCAAAGAAUACCUACUACUUCCACAGUAAUGAAUGCACCAAUCAGUAAACUGGUAACAAAGUUAGCUGACAAAGGUAUUGUUAUUUGGAAAUCUAAGGCUCUUAAUGAGGAUAACCUAAUACCUCAACCCAUAUUAAAAUGGGUAAAUCUACCAAUAAGAGAUAUUAUACUUAGAUAUAAGAUGAUCUGAAAUGGUUAUAUUAAUUAUUAUUCCUUUGCUGAUAAUAAACCAAGAUUAGUACUUAUCUACUGAAUACUAAGAAAAAGCUUAGCCAAGACCCUUGCAACUAAACUAAAAUUAGGAACAGUUAGAAAGGUAUAUUUGAAGUUUGGAAUCAACUUGAGAUUUGAAAUACCAGGUACUGAUAACAAAAGCAUAGAAUUUACAAAAGGUAAUCUAUUACCUACACCCAAAAACUUUAAAGGUAAGACUAAUUUUAUAGACAAUCUUAAAGUAGUAGAAUGAUCAUUAAGGACUGUAAGUUUUUUUAACUAUGUCUGUGCCAGCUGUGGUGCAAGUGAUAAUUUACAAGUUCAUCAUGUUAAACAUAUUAGAACUAUAGAUGUAAAACUUAGUGGGUUUGAUAAGCAGUUAGCUGCUAUAAACAGAAAACAAGUUACUCUGUGCAUAAGUUGUCACAAUAAGGUCCAUACUGGAAAAUAUGAUGGGAUGUCUUUAAAAUAUAUGAAAGAUAUCAGCAAACCUGAGUUGAAUCAACAAUAA